CAAGAUGGCGGCCUCCAUGUGCGACGUGUUCUCCUUCUGCGUGGGCGUGGCGGGCCGGGCCCGGGUCGCCGUGGAAGUCCGCUUUGUGAGCAGCGCCAAGGGAAAGGGGCUGUUUGCCACCCAGCUGAUCCGGAAGGGGGAGACCAUCUUCGUAGAACGGCCCCUAGUGGCUGCACAGUUUCUCUGGAAUGCACUGUAUCGCUACCGAGCUUGCGACCACUGCCUUCGGGCACUGGAGAAGGCAGAGGAGAAUGCCCAGAGGCUGACCGGGAAACCAGGCCAGGUGCUGCCUCACCCUGAGCUGUGCACCGUGCGCAAAGACCUCCACCAGAGCUGUCCCCACUGCCAGGUGAUGUACUGCAGUGCAGAAUGUCGGCUGGCAGCUGCUGAGCAGUACCAUCAGGUCCUGUGCCCAGGCCCCUCCCAGGAUGACCCCCUGCAUCCUCUCAAUAAGCUGCAGGAAGCAUGGAGGAGUGUUCACUACCCCCCUGAGACUGCAAGCAUCAUGUUAAUGGCCCGGAUGGUGGCCACAGUGAAGCAGGCUAAGGAUAAGGAUCGUUGGAUCAGGCUCUUCUCCCAGUUCUGUAAUAAAACAGCAAAUGAGGAGGAGGAAAUUGUCCACAAACUCCUGGGGGACAAAUUCAAGGGCCAGCUGGAACUUCUGCGGAGACUCUUCACAGAGGCCCUUUAUGAGGAAGCACUCAGCCAGUGGUUCACUCCAGAUGGAUUCCGGUCUCUCUUUGCUCUUGUUGGGACCAAUGGCCAAGGAAUUGGGACCAGCUCCCUGAGCCAGUGGGUCCAUGCCUGUGACGCUCUGGAGCUGAAGCCUCAGGACCGCGAGCAGCUGGAUGCCUUCAUUGACCAGCUGUACAAGGACAUCGAGGCAGCAACUGGCGAGUUCCUUAACUGUGAAGGAUCUGGCCUCUUUGCGCUCCAGAGCUGCUGCAACCACAGCUGUGUCCCCAAUGCAGAGACCUCCUUCCCAGAAAACAACUUCCUUUUGCAUGUCACUGCCCUGGAGGAUAUUAAGCCAGGAGAGGAAAUCUGUAUCAGCUACUUAGACUGCUGUCAGCGGGAGCGCAGCCGCCACAGCCGCCACAAGAUCCUCAGGUGCCAGCUGGGGACGUGGGAGAACUAUCUGUUUGUCUGUUCCUGCCCCAAAUGCCUGGCAGAGGCUGAUGAACCCAAUGUGACCUCAGAGGAGGAGGAGGAUGAAGAGGAGGAGGAAGGAGAACCAGAAGAUGCAGAGUUGGGGGAUGAGAUGACUGAUGUAUGAUGUUGCCCUACCUGGAAGGGGCCCUACCGCAGACCCUGCCAGAAAAGGUGGCCUUCCCGCAGAGAAGAGGCUUGGAAGGAACUCCCCACUCCCGUUGCCUGCUUUCCCCCAAUUCCAGCUAUUUCUGCUGGAGGGUAGGACAGAGGCUGGAUCCUAGGCCCUCCACGCCCCCAGUAGACCUCAUGACCUGGACACUGCUGCUGAGUGGCUCAGGCUCUGCGCUGUCACUGAGCCUCUCAGAACUGGCCUCCCCGCUGGCCUCUGCUCCAGGGUGUGAGCGGCUGGAACCAAGGUCAGGGCCUAACAGUGUUUCUUCCCCUUGGCUCCAUGGCCACGCUUAUCCAUCCACCUGAGGCUUCACCCCUCUCCACUUGCUAGGAGGGGGUAACAAAGUGGCAAUCUGACCUCACUGAAGAAGAAAGGAGAGGGGGUGAGACACCCUCACCUUCCUCCCCACCUCCCUCCCUCAUAGCUGAUAAGGCAACUGUCUGACCACUAGCACAGCUGGGAGAGGCAGGAAGGAAGAACCAGGCCUCCAGAGCAUCUUCCCUAAGGCUCUCCGCCAGGGAACAUGGAACUAGGGGUAUUACCUCUCUCUCCCCACAUCCCUACCCCCAGCACUUGGACAUCGGGGGGAGUGGAGAUUCACGCCUUCCCCAGACUCCAGAAUCUCUGUACUUUGUGCCUUGCCCCUCAGGCGCUGGCACAGUGGCUGGCCCCGUGGGGUACAGAAGAGGCCUCUGCCUCCCUCAGGAGGGUCAUGUGGGGGACCAUCACCUCUUCCUCACAGCCUCUUCCCAUUGAGGAUUGUAGCAGGACAGCUGACACCUGGGGGAUGACAGGCCUAUGCUCCUUAAUGUAGGGUGCUCUAGAAUCUUCCCUGAACCUGUUUAACAUGGGUCAGUGAGGGGCUUUCCUGGCCUCUCCAUGUUUGGGGUCUCCACAGAGGAAUGUUGAAGUCUUCCAGAAACCUAGAGGAGCUACGCUAGAUACUCUGAGAUUAGCCCUGACUUUGUCCCCCUCCCACAGAUUAGCACUACCCCUCACUCUUGGGUUGGAUGCUGUGGGAAUUAUAACCCAUCACUCGCAAUUCCUUUCUGCCUACCUUACCUGAGGGGUCUGCCAUGUCCCUCUGCUGUGGGAUCCCAGGGAGGGUAGGUGCUCACCCCACAGGCACUUUCCUGGAUCUUGAGCAGGUGGAGUCUGCCGGUCUGGCCUAUUGGGUUCUUACUCCUUCACAGCAGUCAGCAUCCUCCCACCCCUGCCUGUGCACUAUUCUCAAUAAAAUGUGAGUAGUGACAGGCCUCUGCAGGAAUGCUUUGUGGAGAAUGGCUUGACAAGCUCCCUGGAGCACACAGCCGUCAUGCAGGUGCUGCAAAGGCACAUAGGUUAGACCAGGUGAAGGCAGGAGAUGGGAACUCCAGCUUCCCAGUUCGGGCUCCUCUCUGGUCUCGUCCAUACUCUGCUGUGCAAAUGUUUCCAAAGUCCAAGAGCAAGGGUCCUCUGAGGCCCAGUAUGGAUCCCCAGCACCAGCCUCUGAAUCUUCUCCCCCUGGGGACUGAACUAUGGUUUCCUGAGUUCUUGAGCAGGAGGCUGUGUUGGGAUCUAAGAUGAGCAGCCCGAGCGCUGGUCCUAGGGGACCUUGAGCAAGUCAUUUAUCCUCUCUCGGCCUCAAUUACCUCCCUUCAACACAAGGGCAUGGAACCAGAUGAGUGAGUUUGGAGGCCCCUCCCGCCCCUGUGUGCUCUUAUUCUAGGACACAGUUGCAACCCUGAUGAGAGGCUUUAUUGCUAAAAAGUCAGUGAGGGUUUAUUAAGUCCUCAAACACCAGCUCCUUAAACCACUCCAGCAACUGCUGUGAAGGACAUUGCGAGGAAACUCUGGGUUGGGUUGGAGCCAGGUGGGAUGUGACAGGCCACAGGUGGCUCUCAGGCCACCUGUGUUUAGCCCCUUUUGUUCCAGAUUCUAGCCAAGAAGGCCUGGGCCUGGCUCUUGCCUCUUCCCAUACGAUGAGACACAUUUGGGGGCCCUGGGGACAGGAAGGCCUUAGCUUCCUUUAGCCUAGCCAAGGCCCAAGCCUUUUUCCUCUACCUGGCUCCACCUGUCCCCAAAUGCUAUCCCCAAAUCCCAAA